AUGGUUGAACCUACGAAUCAAGUUGCCCGCCGGAUCUUCUGCACCUUCAAGGGCUGCUACCGGUAUUUCCCUACCGAAAGGGAGCUUAUCAAGCACAAGAAGCAUACCCCCGAGCACGACUACUGUGCCCGAUGCGAUGAAGACUUCGAAGACGAGGAAAGUUUUUUUAUCCACAAGCUCGAUAGCAACAGGCAUAUCGCAUGUCCUAUCUGUGGAGACGAGUUCAAGAGUGAAGGAGGACGCGAUGCCCACUUGCGCCAGAUUCACCCCACAGACCAGGCUCUAGAAUGUGUUGGUUGCCAUACCAAGUUCAGUCGCGCACAUGCCUUGAUGAUGCACAUCGAAAACGACAGAUGCCCUGGAAUCACCAAGGAUCAAUACAAAGCUCAGCGAGCCCAGAAGCUCGCUACCAGAGUAGCCUUGGAGGGUAAAGCGGGCGAUAGCAAAGGGCUUUCCGGUGCAGGGCGUGGAGCUGCCGCCGGUUCGACUAUCGAAAGUGUAGAUGGCGGUGUUGAAAUCACCAUGGAUCCCUCUGAAUUUCCGCCUCUCGGAAAAGGGAAAGCAAAGGUGGAGGCGCUGCCCCAUUUGGCCGUUGGAGAAGGCCCCGACGCCUUUGACGACAUGGUUUCUGAGGUGAGCGGAGUGGCUCGUAGCAUCAAGCACUGGCCGAUGAGUUUUCAGCAGAAAAACGACAGCCUUAAAGAUCUUAUGGCCUUCUCCGAUAUUGAAUCGACUGAGAAAGGCCAAACUGAGCCUGCAUCGAGCGAAGUGGGAGGAAUCGAGGAGGACUGGGGAGAUCGCCCACCAGAACUCGUCGAAAGUGAAAAGAAGAUGCCUCAGCACUUCGUCAUCUGGGACACAAAACGGUACUAUAACAGCGUUCUCGGAGCGUAUAUCUGCCCUUGCGAUAAGGUGUUCAAAACUGGCGACGAACUUUCCAAGCAUUUGGACUCUGGUAUCCAUGAUGGUGGAGUUGUCUAG